AUGAAUUACAACGACAUCCUUUUGAUUCCAGAUGAGCAUGCUCUUCUCAACUUCGCAGCCGAUGCUGGGUUCGUCUUCAGUAAAAGGGCUCAAGGAAAAUGUUUUGUCAAUGUGUUAGGAAUCCAAACGGAAUACGAUCUAGUAGCGAUUCUCGAGUUUGACUCGGAUCGGAAACGAAUGUCCGUGAUAGUAAAAGAUCCCUCUGGCCAUUAUAAACUCUACAUCAAAGGGGCCGACCAAAAAAUUUUCGAGCGGCUCAAAAGGGUUUCACAGAAGGAACUGAAACGUACGGCUGGUCAUUUGCAGCAAUUCGCAGUGGAAGGUCAUCGAACCUUGUGCUUUGCUGUGAGAAAUAUUGACACCGCGACAUUUAACGCUUGGUACAAGGAGUACCUCCUAGCCAUUAAUGAUACCAGUAAUCGAAAAGAACGUCUCGCAGAACUCGCAGAGAAUAUCGAGAAGGAACUGGUACUGAUUGGAGUUUCUGCAAUCGAAGAUCGCCUUCAAGAUCAGGUUCCGGAGACCGUAGGACGACUUGUUCAGGCUGGUAUCCGUGUUUGGGUACUCACAGGGGACAAACUGGAGACCGCCGUGAACAUAGGUCUGUAA